UGAUAUACAAAAAGUGCUGCCAUUCGCAAGUGACACUGACAGCUGUUUAAUUUUUUUACUAGCCGCACUGACAUUUCGCAUUUUGGAGAACCGUAGCAGCCGAGGUUUUUCACGUAAAUUCCAAAGGACAUUUGACUGGAAAUACAAAUAAAUAAAUAGAACAAUAUGUCUUUCGUCAAGAACGCUCGUAUGUUGGCCGUCCGCGGUUCCCGCAUGAUCCAAAGCCGUGGAUAUGCCGAUGAAAUGAAACUUACUUUUGCUGCUGCCAACAAAACCUUCUACGAUAAUGCUGAAGUGCGUCAAGUCGAUGUGCCCUCCUUCAGUGGAAGCUUUGGUAUCUUGGCCAAGCACGUCCCAACCUUGGCUGUCUUGAAGCCUGGUGUUGUUCAAGUCUACGAAAAUGACGGCAAAACCUCCAAAUACUUCGUUUCCAGUGGUACCAUUUCCGUAAACGAAGACUCUUCUGUCCAAGUUUUGGCUGAAGAAGCUCACAGCGUCACCGACAUCGAUGUCAAUGAGGCUCGUCAAUUGUUGAGCCAAUACCAAUCUGCUCUUUCCUCUGCUUCAUCUGAUGAGGCUAAGGCUGAAGCUGCCAUUGCCGUUGAAUGCUGUGAAGCCCUCAUCAAAGCUGCCGAAUAAAUUUAAUAAAUUUUCAGUGUAUUUAGAUUAAAAUCGCUCAUUGGAGCAAAAAAACAAGAAA